AAGAAGAAGAAGACGGACCCUCCAACAACAAUGGCGUCCUCCACGACGGGAGACUGCUUUCGGGAAGCGCAAACCGGGAACAAAUCGAAAAAGACUAAACCCCCAGGGGAGGAGUCUGAGCUGCUGACGGUGCCUGACGGCUGGAGGGAGGCGGCGUUCUCCAGAGAAGACAACCCCCGGGGCCUGACGGAGGAGAGCAGCUUCGCCACGCUGUUCCCCAGGUACAGGGAGGUGUACCUGAAGGAGUGCUGGCCGCUGGUGGAGACGGCCUUGGGAGGCGUGCACAUCAAAGCCACCCUGGACCUGAUCGAGGGCAGCAUCACCGUUUGCACCACGAAGAAGACGUUCGACCCGUACGCCAUCGUGAGGGCCAGAGAUCUCAUCAAGCUGCUGGCCAGGAGCGUCCCGUUCGACCAGGCGGUGCGGAUAUUACAGGAUGACAUGGCGUGUGACAUCAUCAAAAUCGGGACCCUGGUGAGGAACCGAGAGCGGUUCGUGAAGCGGAGACAGCGUCUGAUUGGCCCCAAGGGCUCCACCCUCAAAGCGUUGGAGUUAUUGACCAACUGCUACGUGAUGGUGCAGGGCAACACGGUGUCGGCCCUGGGGCCUUUCAACGGCCUGAAGGAGGUACGCAAAGUGGUGAUGGACACGAUGAGGAACAUCCACCCCAUCUACAACAUCAAGACCCUGAUGAUCAAGCAGGAGCUGUCCAGAGACCCCGAGCUGCGGCUGCAGAGCUGGGAGCGCUUCCUGCCCACGUUCCGCCACAAGAACCUGGCCAAGCGCAGGGAACCCCAGAAGAAGAGCGCCAAGAAGGCGUACACGCCGUUCCCCCCGGCGCAGCCCGAGAGCACGGGCAGCAGGCUGGACAUCGAGCUCAUCAAGCAGAAGGUGAACAAAGCAAAGACCAAGAGGCUGGGGGCCCCUCCGGAGAGGCCCCGCCCCCCCGCCGCCAGCACCACGGGCCAGAAGAAGAAGAGAGGCUGA